CCUUCCCGCUGCAAUUUUUUCCUUUCCUGCGGUCCCAACUCCCAAGAACGGGAAAAUAUGCCGCCCUCCUCCACCCGUCUCCCCGUUUCCAUCAGGUCUCCCCGAAAGUCAAGCUCAAGCCCCGCUCCUCCUCCAGCCUCCUCCAGCUUCCUCCUCCUCCUCCUCCUCCCUCCUUUCGGCGGCUCCUUUCCCCAUCAGCCUCGCCCCGAAUCUCGCUCCCCCGGCCGCGCAUGACCUGCCCGGAGACCGGGCCCGACGCCGGAUUCCGCAGCAGCAAUGGAGCUCCUGAGACCGUUCCACCCCCACCACGGCCUCGCCGGAGACCCCCUCGGCCGUUUCCCGUCGCCGGAGCGCUACCGCCUCGGGCCGGACCGGUCGGCGGGCGCGGCCAGCUCGUCCGGGAUGGCCGGGGGCGGCGAGAGGGUGCACGUGGCGGUCGGCAAGUCGGUGGAGAAGGCGAUCGGCUUGAUAAAGUGGAGCCUGGAGCGAUUCCCCGGCGCGGAGAUUUGUGUCGUCCACGUUCACCAGCCUUCGCCGGUGAUUCCGACUCUCUUGGGAAGAUUACCUGCCAGUCAAGCUAGCGUCGAGGUGCUUUCUGCCUAUAGAAGGGAGGAAAAGGAGCAGACAAGGAAACUCUUGCGACAUUACUUGACCUUCUGCUCUGCUUCUAAGUUGAAAGCCAGUGUUCUCAGCAUUGAAGCAGAGCAGGUCCAAAAGGGCAUUGUUGAAAUGGUUGUCAAAUAUGGCAUUAGGAGGCUUGUUAUGGGGGCUGUACCUGAAAAUUGUAUGAAGGUUAAAAAGAGCUCCAGCAAAGCGAAUUAUGCUGCAAAAAAUGCACCCGCUUUCUGCGAGAUAUCAUUUGUCAACAAGGGUAAACGCAUAUGGACUAGAGAUGCCUUUGAAGGCCCAAUUCCCUUGGACUCAUUAAGUCAACCACAAACAUCUGCAGGAGUAAUAAGUCGUGAACCAUUGCAAGAAAGUUUGAGACUGUCAGUAUCGGCGAUCCCAGAAAGUCCUCGGUCCACAUCUAGUUCGAGCGGUAGUUGCAGCAAAGUUACAGACUGGCUUCAAAAGGAAUCAGUUUCUCCACAGGUGGCUUUAACUGGUUCUCCCAACAGAUAUCUUCCCCAACAUACUGGCAGUUUGUUUAGUCCCACAAGUACUAGCAGUUGCUCCGGACGUACCUAUUCUGAAAGAAGGGUUUCUUUAGAUUCUGACAUGGUCAAUGAAGAGAUAUUGCAUAAUCAUUUUACAGAAUCAUGGAUACAAGUUGAGGCAAUGAAGAAGAAAGCACUUCAGGAGUUAAUGAAGCGCAAAAAGUUGGAAGCAGAAGCUAUCAAAGUGAUCAGCAAGGUGAAAGUAAUUGAGUCUGCAUAUGCACAUGAAGCUAAACUUAGAAAUGAAGCUGAGGAUGCAUUAAGAACUGCGGUGCAGAAGCAAGAGAAGCUCUUGGAAGAAAGAGAAGAGAUAGUUAGAAAGCUACAGAAGACUAUGAGAAAUGUUGCUCUUCUGGACAGUCGUGCUCAAGAAGCUAGCCGUAGGCGAGAUGAAGCAGCUGGAGAGUUACAUGUCAUUGAAGCAUCUAUUGCCACCCUUAGGCAGGAAAAGCAGCAGAUUCAGAGACACAAAGCGGAAGCUGUUAGUUGGCUUGAACGGUGGAAAGGGCAUGGUAGAGCUGGAGCUGCAAGGUGUAUUGAGUUUAAUGGUGGUCUUAAUGAAGAUAUGCCUGGUUUUGCUGAGUUUUCAUUAUCAGAAGUCCAAUCUGCAACAUGUGAGUUCUCUGAAAGUUUCAAAAUUGGGCAGAGUGGACAUGGUUGUGUAUACAAGGGGGAAAUGCUGGGUAGAACUGUUGCAAUAAAAAAGCUGUAUCCUCAGAACAUGCAAGGGCAAUUUGAGUUUCAACGAGAGGUUCAAGUUCUUAGUAAACUACAGCAUCCACGUCUGGUUACCUUGCUUGGUGCAUGCCCAGAAGCCUGGUCUCUUGUAUAUGAGUACCUCCCCAACGGAAGCCUCCAAGAUUGCCUUUUCCGGAAAGGCAACAGUUCCCCCUUAAUGUGGGAUGCUCGAGUUCGAAUCAUUGCUGAGAUCUCAAGUGCUCUUUGCUUCUUGCACUCUUCUAAACCUGAAAGGAUUGUUCACGGUGAUCUGAAACCUGAAAACAUCCUUCUUGAUUCUGAUCUUAGCUGCAAAAUAUGUGAUUUCAGGAUUUCUAGGCUUAUAGCAGGGGACACUCUUCGCUGCCCAAGUUUCCGCCGAAUCACAGAGCCAAAGCGUGCUUUUCCUUAUACAGAUCCAGAGUUCUACAGGGAUGGACACUUGACGCCCAAAUCUGACGCUUACUCUUUUGGUAUGAUCAUCCUACAGUUACUCACCGGUAGACCACCUACUGGGUUAGUCAGUGAGGUGCGUAAAGCAGUAUCAUUCAACAAAUUGGAGUUGGUUUUGGAUCAAUCAGCUGGACAAUGGCCGUCAUUUGUGGCACAGCGAUUAGUGGACCUGGGUCUUCAAUGCUGUGAUUCUAAUGGUAGAAAUCGGCCCAAAUUAACACCUACGUUUGUGAGGGAAUUGGAGCAGCUGCAUACCUCUGAAGAGCGACCAGUGCCCUCGUUUUUCUUAUGCCCCAUCCUUCAGGAAAUAAUGCAUGACCCUCAGAUUGCGGCGGAUGGUUUCACUUAUGAAGGAGAAGCUUUGCGUGAAUGGUGGGAGAGCGGCCACGAUACGUCGCCAAUGACCAACUUGAAGCUUAGUCAUUUGCAUCUUACUCCCAACCACACAUUGCGGUCAGCAAUUCAAGACUGGCUCUGCAAGCCAUGAGAUUUGAUUAGAUUUUACGUAUGUUUGUAUGUAUUCUGUAAUUAUAUAGAUGACUGUAUGUAUUGAGCCUGAAGGGUCUUUGCCUUGCAGGCAUAUAAAAUUAGUUGCAAUUCAUUAUUCCA